GACAGUCGUGGUGACAGAGCGGUGAAAUGGCAGGAGUUCAGUUGCAGAGAGAAACCUUGUCUUGUUCCAUCUGUUUGGAUCUUCUGAAGGAUCCGGUGACUCUUACCUGUGGACACAGCUUCUGUAUGAACUGUAUUAAAGACCACUUUGACACAGAGGAUGAGAAGAGGAUCUACAGCUGCCCUGAGUGUAGAAAGACCUUUAUGCCGAGGCCUGAACUGUUAAAAAACGUCAUGUUAGCAGAUUUAGUGGAGAAGCUGAAGAAGACUGGACUCCACGCUGCUCCUGCUGAUCACUGCUAUGCUGGAGCUGAAGAUGUGGCCUGUGAUGUCUGCACUGGCAGGAAACUGAAAGCUCUCAAGUCCUGUUUGGUUUGUUUGGCCUCUUACUGUGAGGAACAUCUCCAGCCUCAUCAUCAAGCACCUCCAUUAAAGAAGCACAAGCUGGUGGAGCCGUCCAAGAACCUCCAGGAGAACAUCUGUCCUCUUCACGAUGAGGUGAUGAAGAUGUUCUGUCGCACUGAUCAGCAGUGCAUCUGUUAUCUCUGCUCUGUGGACGAACAUAAAGACCACGACAUGGUCUCAGCUGCAGCAGAGAGGAAGCAGAAGCAGAGAGAGCUGGAUCUGAGUCGAGAAGAAGUCCAGCAGAGAGUCCAGGACAUAGUCAGAGACGUGAAGGUGCUUCAACAGGAGGAGGAGGCUCUCACUCUCUCUGCUGAUAAAGCUGUGAAGGACACAGACGAGAGCUUCACUGAGAUGAUGGGUCUCCUGCAGAGAAGAAGCUCUGACGUGAAGCAGCAGAUCAGAUCCAAGCAGGAAACCGAGGUGAGACGAGUCAAAGAUCUUCAGGAGAAACUUCAGCAGGAGCUCAAUGAGCUGAAGAAGAGAGAAGCUGAACUGAAGCAGCUCUCACUCACACAAGACCACAACCAGUUUCUCCUCAACUACCGCUCACUGUCAGCACUCAGUCCAUCGACACACUCGUCCACUGUCCACGUCCGUCCUCUGAGACACUUUGAGGAUGUGACAGCGGCUGUGGCAAAGGUCAGGGGUCAACUGCAGGACGUCCUGACCAAGACGUGGGCAAACGUCUUAGUGGCUGUGGCUCGAGUAGAUGUUUUACUGACAGAACCAAAACCAGAGACCAGAGCUGAAUUCAUACCGGAUCCAUACAUGCAUAACCUGCUGGUUCAUCAUAUGCAUGACUUUGAUGAUGAGGAGGAUGAGGAGUUUAUUUUCGCUUCUCCUACAGAAUCUCUGACACCAUGACUCUGCUCCACAGAGUCCAGACCACGUUCACUCAGCCUCUCUAUGCUGGAGUCUGGCUUUAUUCGCUUUUUCUUGGAGCCACAGCUGAGUUGUGUGAACUCAAAUAGACUUGAGUUCUUUCAGGAGCAGUGAGUUAAACUCUGUGUUUAAAUCUUUAACUUCUCUGCGACAACAAGAACAUCAAUAAAGUUUUCAGUUUAAAUUCCUCAAA